ACACGCAUUAUACACUGCCACUGCGCGACACCUAGCAGCUUUCCCGUCCUCCUUCAUGUCCCUGUCGGCUUCUCAGUGCUCCUGAGCUUUAUGGUUAAGGCAUGGCUCACUGAUAGCUGAGGUCUCUUGAGUUUUUGUUCGCUUCUGCUCCAUAAUCUAGCAAGUAUCAAGUAGCAAGGCCUGUUUUAGCUCAAUCUCGAUGGGAAUUCCUUCGUCUCUCGCAUCAAUGAGAGCUUCUGUUUCUUUCAUUAUCCUUGUCAGCCUCAUCUGCAGGGAGUUAUAUAAAGUUAAAUCAGUGAGUGAAGCAGGGGAGGUUGCAAUGUUGCCGCCUAGAGGCUGGAACUCCUAUGAUUCCUUCUCAUGGGUGAUUGAUGAAGAUGCAUUUCUAUAUAAUGCUGAAAUUUUAUCCAGGAGGCUUCUUCAAUAUGGAUAUGAGUAUGCUGUGGUAGACUAUCUUUGGUAUAGAAAGAAUGUAAAUGGGUCUUCAGCAAAUGCAUAUGGCUAUGAUAACAUCGAUCCAUGGGGAAGGGUCUGUCCUGACCCUGAUAGGUGGCCUUCAUCCAAAGGUGGUAAUGGGUUCAAGGAAGUGGCCCAAAUUGUUCACAAGAUGGGUUUGAAAUUUGGCAUCCAUGUCAUGACAGGAAUAAGUGUUCAAGCAGUUGAUGCCAACACACCCAUCUUAGAUGUUGACACUGGCGGCGCAUACAAGAAGGAUGGCCGAACAUGGCGGGCCAGGGAUAUAGGGUUGAAAAAUAUGACAUGUAAAUGGAUGGACAAGGGAUUUAUGAGUGUUGAUACAAGUUUGGCAGCCGGAAGAGCCUUCUUGAGGUCUCUGUACCGCCAGUAUGCUCAGUGGGGUGUUGAUUUUGUUAAGCUUGAUUGCGUCUUUGGUACUGAUUUGGAUGCCAAACAAAUAAUUACAGUAUCAGAGCUCUUACAAGAGCUUGACCGCCCAGUGGUACUCUCUUUAUCUCCUGGAGAACAAGUAAUGCCAUCCAUGAGUAAUGGCAUCAGUAAUCAUGUAAACAUGUAUAGGAUAACUGGUGAUGAUUGGGAUAAGUGGGAAGAUGUUGCUGCUCAUUUUGAUGUCUCAAGGACUUUUGCUGCUGCCAAUAAAAUUGGAGCUGAGGGGUUGAAUGGCAGGUCUUGGCCAGAUUUAGACAUGUUGCCACUUGGAUGGCUUACUGAUCCAAGUGUGCAACAGGGUCCUCAUAGGAAAUGUUAUCUUACAUUGGAUGAGCAGAGAACACAGAUGACACUGUGGUCUAUGUCCAAGUCACCUCUCAUGUUUGGAGGAGAUCUAAGGCAUCUUGAUGGAAGUACCUUCAAUCUCAUUACAAAUCCUACACUGUUAGAGAUAAAUCAUUACAGCUCAAGCAAUAUGGAGUUCCCCUAUGUGUUUUCAACAAAAAUGCGCAGAAAUAGACUUCGUUCUUUACCCCAUAGAUUUAUGAAUCUAGUUCAUCAGAAUAAUGCUGAAAACAACAUACUCAGCACAAGCAGCUGCGAGGAUGACAAGGCAAAGAGGUGGACUAUUUCAUCAUUUGAUCGAGACCUAGAUCAGAUUUGUUGGCUGUUUGACACAAACAGCACUGGUGUCAAGUCUUAUUGUCUAUACAAAAGAGACAAAAAGAUAAAAUACAAGCAGGAGGAGACAGAAACUUUUCAAUUAUCGAUGAGUUCAACAGCAAACACUUGCUUGGGUAUAUCUGUGAACAGAAAGCUUUCUGCUUCUGAGAUAAGAAGUGUUUCCUUACAUCCUUGCGGGAAGACUGUGAAUACGAGGUGGGGGUUAAAUAAUGAUGGAACACUUGUGGAUCUUAUUUCUGGUUUGUGUGCAGUUAUUGUCCCAAAGAAAGUCAAUGUGGAUGCUGGUAAUAUUCGUUCUUGGAUUGCAACUGGAAGAAGAGGAGAAAUAUAUCUUGCCUUCUUCAACUUGUAUAAUCAAAGAAAUCGGAUAUCUGCAAAGGUAGAGGAUUUUGCCGAAGUUCUUAAAGGCAAUUUCUCGAGCAAUUGUUCUUAUGAUGGCGAAGAAAUUUGGACCGGAAAACAAUUCCACAUGUUAAGUGGCACAGUAUCAAAUAAAAAGAGGGAAGCGUUUCAUUUGUCUGUGCUCUAGCUUCUCUUUUAAGUCACAUCGCUGGCCGCUGCUCUCCCUCCUCUCAUGCGGCAUGAGACCCCGGCCGCGCUCCCUUUUCUCAUGCCGCAAGAGAGGGAAGUGGCGGCUCGGGAGCGGGAUGCAGGAGAGAUGAAAGCGGCACCGGGAGCGGGUGUGCAGGAAAGAGGGAAGCGGCGGGCGGGGAGCAAGCGAGGGUGUUGGAGAGAGGGGUGUGGCUGUUGUGGGACUCGUGCCGCAAGAGAGGAAAGCGGUGGCCGGGAACAGAGUGCAGGAGAGAGGGAAGCGGCACCGGGAGCGGGGGUGCAAGAGAGAAAGAAGACGAGAGAGAGAGAGAGUGAUAGAGAGAGAGAGAGAGAGGCAAAGUUUUCUUUU